CACGCGCGCGCCAGUCCACGACCGCGCUUCCAGUGUGGUGUACUUAUUUGACGCUCCUCUGAUUCGCGUGAUAACUUUCGUGUAAAAGUGGCAUUAAUACUUUUUUCGUGUUUUUGCGAAAGUGUUGCUGUGCUUGUCGGAGUGUGAAAACAGUUACUGUGUGAUUUUCAAUACAUUUUGUUUAUUAUAUGUUCAGUUAAAGUGUAUUUUGGAAUGUUGCAAACAGCUCAGGUAGUGUGGUGCGAAACCUGAGGUUUUGUUAAUACGAUCUGAGCGAAUUCUAUUACAGUUGGUUUAUAGUGAAGACAGUGAUUUGGUGAUUUAAGUGAUUAACACGGUGGAAUUAUGUGUUAGUGCAUAAUGUUGAUACAGCGGCGCUGCGGUCGCAUCACGUGACGUACGUUCUCCAAGAUGGCGGACGCCAGUCCCGCCACCUCAAUUAUCGAGGGGACUGUCAAAUUUCGCGACGGGAAAAAGUGGAAGUCGCGAUGGUGUGUUAUGCGGAAGUUAUCACCGGUUGCAGAUUGCGUCCACAUUCAACUCUACAAGGACCUGAAGGAGAGACAGAAGAAUGGGCAGACGAAGGCGUCGCUCUCGUUACAGCAAUACUUGGGCUUCGAGUCGGGGUUCACACUUGACAAGGAAUCGAACACGCUCGCCUUACUGUGCGAAGAUGUCAUUCCAGUUUUAGCGUUUGAUACUAGAGAAAUUUUGAUACAAUGGAAAGUUAAGGUGCAAUACAACCUCGGGAGUAGCAAAGAGUUCGCAGCAGUCAUUAUAUCAUCUCCCACAUCAGCGAACAUCCGCCCGGGGCCUGUGAGACUCCACGCGUGCGGCCCAAGAUUGGCAUUGUGUGCUUCUCGCCCCCCUGAGGUGCUAGCGCUUUGGGACGUCAAACUCUUGAGACGAUACGGGAUGGUGGAUAAGCGAUUUUGCGUCGAAGGAGGGUCUCGCUGCGCGAAAGGGGAAGGUCUGUUUGUGUUCGCAGCGGAAGGGGGGAGAGAGCUUACUGAUAUUUUGAACGGAUACAGUCACGAUGCCCAAUCCAGACUCAGUAUAGCUUCAAGGAGUGGUUCAGUUCUGGAGAAACGUUUCUCUGACACAAGCUCCUGUAUGGACGAUUGUUUCAAUUCAUCUAUGAGGUCUGUCUCACCAUCCUGGGCACCGCCAACCAGCCAGACGAUGCACUGCCUCUCGGACCUCGACACCAGUUUGGACAGUAACGGGGAUGAAAAGUUCAGGAGACCAACGUCGUUGCCAAGAUGCGCUAGUUGUAUCGGGAAGAUUAGUCAUUUGACCAGAUCAUCUACUAUGGGAACGCCCGGCUCAAUCAUGUCUCCUGUUUGGACAAUGGAAAAUAUUAUAGAGAAACGUUCCGACUCUGAUCGUGCAUCAAUUUACUCGAGAUCAAGCGGAAGUGCCUCCGAAUACAGUGUACCUCGCAGUAGCUGCCACUUAGACAAGAGUUUUGACUCCAAACGUGCCAGCCCUGUUGCCUGCUGUACACCGACCAUACCGGCGAAAACUAGCAGUACAUGUCAAUGCUGGCAACAACCAAAGCCAUGUUGCUGCAGGAAAAAGACAUUUAGUGGGCCGUACGAAAAUUAUGACGUACCCAAAACGCCAAUGCCUUUAAUUCAGGAACAUCCAAUUGAUAGCAGCACAGAUGUUUCAAGUCUCUAUGAUACACCAAAGAAAUUAAAAUGUCUUCUUAACGGUCAAUCGUGCAAUUGUUCACAUAUUAUGAGUGAGACCAAAAAUGAAGACAAUAACCAAACAAUUCAAAAUAAUAACGCAUGUGAUACUAGUGUUAAUAAUAACGAUAUGUCGAUAGAAUCACAUUCUAAUUACGUAAACGUUACCCCUGUUACCAAAAAGAAAGUACCCCAAAUAGAUUACGGCAAUUACGCAAAUGUUGAUCUAACGGCUACUUUAGAAAAGUUCGAAAGUUCAUUGCAGAUUCUUCGAAGCGCUGGAUUCAGUCAAGACGAAUUAGAUGCUUUAGAAGAUAUCCCUGAACACGAUGACGAUAUUUCCACGGCAACAACGAAUACAGUCCAUCCGUCAGCUGAGUGUUGUAAUGACCAUUUAAAUUAUAUGCAUAUGGAGCCAUUAGAAAACAGCAGCUCUAGUAACAGCAAUAAAAAUUACUCUGAUAACAUUAGUAGAAUCAGUCACGUAUCUGAUCCUACACAACAUUCAGACUCUAUCAGCACCAUAAGUACCAGACGUUCUAGUUCAGCUGACUUCACCAAAAGGCACGAAGACGAUUAUGGUAUACAUAGUCAAAUUUGUUUUACACCAACAGUACUUAGAAAAGCGUCUAAAAAUGAACGAAUCAAUGAGGGUACACUAAAAAAGCCAUUAGAAAUUGUAGAGCCAACAGAUAAAGCUUUUAAAGUGCCGGAAUUGAAAAGCGAAAAUAUGCUGGUUGCUAGAAUUCGAGAUGUUGUGAAGAUCAGAAGAUCUUCUAGUGUACCGAGUAAAUCUGAUAAAAAUCGCGACUCUUCAAGUUCCAAUGAUUCGGGAGUGUCGACGGGAUCAUUGAAACACCAUAGAGGUGACUUUAAUGAAUUUGAAAUGCCUAUAACUAAUUCGAGGUCUAGCAAGAAACACAUAAAGUGUAACAAGCAAAUGAGAAUGUCUUUGACUCCGGUCCACACACCGUUUCCAAAAUCUAACUCUUCGGACCCAUUAAAGAACUUGACAUUCCAGUUUGAAGACGGUUCAGCUUUGAUGAAAUCUAAUUCUUGUGAUGUCGAUACGUUAACGAGACGGAAGAGAAAUACUUUAGACACCGAUAUCACAGCGCGACACAGUCAACUAACCAACAAGAGCACAUCCAGUGGUGCCUCGGACACAUCUGACUACAUGGAGUCUCUGUCUGUCUCCUCAUUCAGCUCUUGUGACGUAUCCGCGGACAGGCACGCGGCUAGGCCGAGAUCCGGCAAGGAGUAUGCCAGCAUAGAUAGAGCGGCGUUAGCCAGCGUCUGCGAUAUUGGCACUAAUUAACUCUGGUUCCAAUGUUGGCACCAAAUAAUUUUGACGUCAGCGCUGACUGAUAUUUCUAUCAACGAUAAGGAUGGGUAAUAUAUAGCAAUACCUAUAUAUUGUAGUUGCAAUAUCUAUACAUAUAUUGGAUCAGUAACAGAUAUAUUAACUAUCGAUUAUCCAAUAUAUAAUAUCGAAAAGAAGAAUCCGUUCAUAAUGGAUAUAGAUAUCUAACUGGUAUCGGCGAUAUCGAAAUAAAUAGUCAUCAAUGUCCUAAAGAAAUCAAUAUAUAGAUAUCAGAUAUUACCAAUCCCUAAUCAACGGCAGUCAAAUUUAAUAACAAUACCAUGUAACUCUGAAAAUUAAAUUUUUUAACAUCUUUAUUUUUAAUUUAUUAAAAAAUUUUAAGCUAUAUUAAUAAAUACGCUAAUCCUCAAGAUUGGCAACAUACGAGGAACACCAAAGGCGUCAUAGUAUAUUUUGUGAUUUCCAUGAUGCUAUUUAUGCGUUAUACAUAGUAAUUUUUGUCUGACUAGCAUACUUAACUUUUAUACUUUUAUUUUUGUAAUUAUAUAUGAAUGUAUAUAUAUUUAUGUAUUUGUAUGUAAGUAUGUAUUUCUAUGUAUAAGUAUUUAUAUAUUUGUAUAUUUAUAUGUAUAUAUAGAUUUAUUUGAGUAUGUAUUAGUAACUUAAAAUAUACAUUUAUAUAUUCACAUUAUUGUACGUAUGCAUAUCUCUAUAUGUAUUUAAAAACAGAGUUUCGUGCCUCCAGUCAAACUGUUUAUAAUUACUCCUCUCCAUCCAAAGAUUGCCUGGAAGAGAUCGCUCUUAGCUAUAAGGCCGCCCAUUUUUUUCUCAGUGUAAUAUUUUCUUGUAAUUGUUUGUAUUUAUAAUAAGUUUACUAUUGUAAUCUUUCUAUCUAUCUAUACAUAUAAGCGACAGUCCACCUUCCAUCAUACAAACAUCAGUUUAUCUUCCAUUAUAAAUUGCAUGAAAUUCUUUCCUCCAUUUAAUUUGUCAAAUAACUGACCGUUUAUAGCUGGCUAUUUUGUUUUUUUUUUUUCGCCUAUAAAUUGUAAAAUAGCAGUUAACAAUGUCAAAGUGUCAAAUAAAAAAAGUCAGAUAAAACUUCAAAGCAGGUUUUGCAUUUCAGACGAAUUAUCAUACUGAAGACUAGGCAGCAUGGCCUCCGACCUUAGCCUAUUCCAUAACGGAACAAACGUACUAAAAAAAAGCACGUUUUGCUUUGAUUUCUCUCUAUGUCUUGAUUUUGAUAAUUUUUGCUGUUUUCUGAAUCUUGUUAGUGUUUUUAAUCGAUUCAUUCGAUUAUUCUUUUUCCCCCUUUCCUAUUAUAUGCUCUAGUACUUAAAACUUCUUUUUGUUAAUAAACCUAAAGUGUCUAUAAUUUAAGAAACCAAAUGCGAACGUGAAUAAAAAGUGAAAAAAAAUAAAGUGAUUUGGUUAUUUUAUCGAUUUUUUGUCUGCUUUUACCUGUUUUUGCUAUGGAUAUCAUCAACCUCCUAAAAUUUUCUUGAGGAAUUUAAACACCGAAAAAUUAAGAAACUAUGUUAUUUUAAAUCCAUCGAUUGUGAAAUGCGUAAAUAAAUCAGGAAAAAUAUAUGUAAUUCAGUAAAAUUUAAAACUAAAAAGUUUUAACCCUUCUUUGCUUAUGCAAUUAUUACCAUUAUUGGUGGAAAUUUCCAUCAUAACAUUGAAUGCCCAAAAAUUAUAUAAAAGAACAAGUUCACUUUAAGUAGAUCGUGUAUGAAUACCUUUUAUCCAUUACGAAAAAAAAUCAUAACUGUCAAAUUUAUUUUUUUAUACCAUUUUUCCUUUAAUUUUGAACAUGAAUUGACUUGACAAAUCACCUUGAUUUAUUUCACCAAUAAAAAAAUUUAUGCAAAAAAGGGUUAAUCCAAUUGUCAUAAAAAUACACCAUAAGUGAUGUUUGUAAAAAGAAACAUUCAAGCAAUACUUCGCAUUUUUAUUUGGACAUCAGACUAUCGUAUGAUCAGGACAAAUAUACCUUAUUUGUAUAUUCUAUUAUUAUAAUACAUUUUAAUUAUGUUCUAUUCAAACAUAUUAUAUAUAUUCAGAUAUAUAUAUAUUUUUUUAU